GUGAAAAAUUUUUUCCUAAUAUACAACCUAAACAUGAAAUAAUCCAGCAAAGAUUUAGCUUUGCAGGUGCUUUCUGUAACUUGAAAUGGUGCCAUAUCUUAUCAUCCUUUCCUUCCCAGGUAAUUCCACUUUAUCAGCUCUGGUGUGAAUCACCACCUCUCAGAGCGGGGGAGAACCACAUCAGCACUGCAUAUCCCUAUCCCACACACCCGUGCAUACACGCGUUUGAAACAAAGAAUCAUUAGAAAACAUGAGUGCAAGCCAGUUAUCUUUGCCCUUCAUGCCCAGCCACAGGAAAACAUCAGAAGAGAUGCUCUGCUAUUUAAACAAGGUGGGUGUUUCCUGACCUACAGAAGGCAUGCAGGAGAAGGCACCGGAAGUGAAAAACCGACACAUCACGAAGAGACUCAAAAAGUGAAAAAGGACUGAAAAAAAGACAAGUGAUCUGAUGUAAUAGAUUUAAGCUCCACCAAGCAGGUCGCUAAGUACCACACAUACCAACUAAGGCAUUCUGCUAUGCUGGCAGCCUGCCAGUCUAAUAGAAAGGACAGCAUAUCCUAGUGUAAUACACACACAAAAAAUAAACAAACACAGCAUUUACAAUUUACAGCAUCAACACACACAUUAAUUAAAUGAGUUAGAUUAAAAAAGAGCACGCUCCCAAACCCUGGGAGAAACCCCUGUUCUUGCUGUAUCAGCAACCACCGGUAACUCUCGCUGCUGGAAGCUUCCCAGGAAGCAGUGACGACUUGCACUUGGGACUCUGCCCACUUUCGCUUUCUAGAUGUAAGCAGACCAGCAUGUCAAAGACAAAUAUUCCCACAUGCUCCUGCCUCCCAAAUGCCUAACGUUGCCAAAUUUCUAAAAGAAAAUCCAAACCACAUUAAAAUCCCCAAAAUCUAGAAAUCACAAUCAUUGCAUGAAUAGCUGAUGAAAAAUUCUUUGCAACAUUUAUGCAUUAAUUUCUAAGUAUGAACACCCAGAGGACAAAUAACUCAGGGGGGAUGACCCCAAAAAUAUUCUGCAAGAUAUUUGCAGAGAGAGGAAACUCACAACCCCUGACAAACUACAAAUAUUUGUCUAUAAUAAAGGAAAUCAUGCAUUAACUCAUAUAUACAAAUAAUAUGAGAGCACGAAAUGCGUAAAAUAGAUGUUCGCAGGCAGACAAACCUGAAAAUAAAAACCAGGACAGACAACUAAAAAAACAGACAAAAAGGAAACCCUGAAACUCAUCCCCACCACAGCUGCCCCAAAAGCCUCUACCACGGUGCUUUCACAUGCUGCACCAAACCCUCACAGCACAGGAACUGGGCUCCCCCUGCACCCCAACAGCAGCCCUGGGAAAAAAACCACCUCCUGCUCACACUUUGACAAGCAUAACAAAAGCCCUCAGAAGAAAGUAAACAGAAAGCAAAACUGAAAAUGGAAACAGGGAAAUUCUGCCUAGAUGAUGGUGAUGAUGAAAAGAAAGCCACAGCCCCACAUAAAACCGGCCACCCGGCAGCACCCCAAGCACAGCGCCCACCUGCACCACCACCCAGCCCGACCAGGCGCCUGCCCAGCACCACCCACAGCCCCAACCAUGCCUGCGCCCGCAGCCCCACACACCCGCCUGCGGCACGGCGCCUCGCCCCUCCUGCUCCUCCUCACGGCUCUCGCCACCGCCCUCGCCUGCCACCACCUGCCUCCCCGCGACGACACCUUCUCCUGGGACAGCCUCCAGCUCCUCCAGGCCAUGGCCCCCCGCCCGCCACAGCCCUGCCAACACCACUACGCCCCCUUCCCCUUCCCCGACACCCUCCUCCACACCAACCACCCGCACCAAGCCGCCGCCACCGCCCACCGCCUCCUCCAGCACCUCUUCCAAACCCUCAGCAGCCCCAGCACCCCCCAACACUGGGACGCCCAGGCACGCCACCGCCUCCUCAACAACCUCCAGCAUUACAAAUACGACCUGGAGCAAUGCCUGACAGACAACAGCAUGCUCUUCAAAAGGCAAGGGCCCCGCAAACUCCUGCUCCACCUCGACAAAUACUUCAGACGCAUCCAGGACUUCCUCCGCCCCCACAACCACAGCGCCUGCGCCUGGGACCACGUCCGCCUCGAAGCUCGCAUCUGCUUCCAACGUGUGGACACACUCCUACGGCAAAUGAAGAGCCAAGCCGCUCCUGCCCUCCACCACACCCACCGGCACCGAAUGCUCAUCCCCAGCCAACACCGGCAGCCACAGAUCAAGCGGAGGCAGCAGCAGCCGGGGCUCGGAUGGCUCAGCACUCCUCACUCCUCUUCCCGACAGGAGCCCAUGGUGACGGGGAAACAGGCAUGACGGCAGCGAGGCCGGGGCCAGCCUGCAGCACAGCCCGUACGCCCGCAUUGCGGCCACUCCGUUGCUGGAAAGGAAGGAGGAGGAAGUUGCUGUGCUGCAUGCUCAUGGACAGCCGGAAGGCGAUGGGGAGAGGGCUGUAUUCAUUACCCAUGGCGCUACCUGGCCUGUCAAGACUGCAACCUCCCCUGAUGGAG